GUACGAGAAUUUCGGCAGCCGCUUUGUAUGUAUGUUGUUUAUUCCUGAUCACCAGCGCACAGGACACGGAAAAUGUCGGAAAAGAAUGUACUUUAGGCUGGUUUGGACCCAACUGCGAGUACCCCUGCCGUUGCCGCGCAAGGCGGUGCUCGGUGGAUGGCGCAUGCGCAGAGAUCAGGGACACAUGCCAGGUCAACUUCUUCGGAGCUCUCUGUCAGUACGAGACUGUCCUCUACACUGACGACUCUGAUGUCUUGUUGGACGAUGACGAUGAGACAUGCAUCACUGAGCCCCAGGACAAGUCAGCUAAAGUCCAGUUCGAUACUCCGACCAGUUUUCUUUGGAUGAGGAUUGUCUUUAGAGAUGAAGAACUGAUGACCAGCAUUAAGGUGAUCUUCCAGCUGGUGAGCUCCGAGUUUGUGGCCUGUGAACGUGUGUACUUGACCCAGGUCAACGACAACACGGUCGACGUCUCCUGCGUCACCAACACACUUCCGGUCAUCGAGGUCCGCUUCAUCUGGGCCUCCAACAACAUCCCCUGCUCCCUCUACAUCAGCAAAGGACGGGGUCUAUCCUACAAGGCAGCAACAAGAUCGGCCGCAACAAAUGCCAUGGUACCCCAGGCGGUGGAUGAUGACAUAAAAACCUGCUGGAGAAGCACCCUCGAGUUGACCUCAACAGACACCUUAUCCAUGGUGCUACCUGCCGUGUUUGAAGUCAAUGGCGUCUGUUUCACAUCAAGGAAUUUGAAAUACUGGCAUUAUUUCUUCGACGCGGACGGCAACAAAUACGCGCCCUUUUUCGACCGUGACCCUGACCGUGACGACUUCUGUCUGGCACAGAAGCAGCCGACCAUCGUGACCAACUUCUCGACCAAAAUCCAGAGGAAAGGGAUGGAUUCAACAGAAGUAUCUCUGUGUGAGCUGGUCGUUAAUGGAGACUGUGCACCACCAGCAUAUGGCCUAGCGUGUGAGUACAUUUGUAGCAGAAACUGUCUAGAACGAAGAUGCUACCUGACAGGUGAAUGCAUGGCUUGUGCCAGUGGGACCCUAGGCAAGUUCUGUGAGCGAGUGGGCGAGGAAGAGUUCGAGAGUUUGGAGCUGGUGAACUUCAUCCCCCCUCAGCAGAAACAUGGACCAGUCCCCAAGCCUCGUGGGCAGAGUGUGAUGCUUAGUAGCGAGUCCAUUAUCUUGCUAGUCAUGGGGGUGGCAACCUUCAUCUCUAUCGUCAUCUCUGUCUGUGUCUACAAUAAGUUCAACACAGGGGAGUACGAGGAGAUAACUGCGGAGGAGUACUUCCGGCGCAAGUGGGAAGAGAACUGAUUUCAACAUAUCCCGGGAAUGUGGUCAGAGAACUAAUGUCAACAUAUCCCGGGUCCCUCACUUCAACGUUGACCAACGACCCGUGUGCUGGCAUCGACCCGUGUGGGACGUCUUGACAAGGCAGAAAAUACAUGACCAACUAAUGCCCUUUAUAUCAUACCCAGCGACCCACACUGUCGUGUCCCGUACGAAAACCUCCUAAAGACCUCUAUAAUUAAUGGUGCUCUUGUACGUUUGGAGUGGCAACAUUGUGUGAUUCUCGCGUCUUGUGUGUAGGUCUCUAGCUCGUGCUAACACAACAACAACACGUGGGACCACUAUACUACGCUCAACAGAACAGGAAAUCAAGUAUGGCUUUACAGUAGUUUUAAAUCUGCAUACAAGGAUU